AUGUUCUCUUGCUGUCUUCAGACUACUCGAGGUUCAGGCGUCAAGAAAGACAAGACCAGUCACCAUGAUGGUGUCUGGAGGCACAGGCUUCAGUCUUGCCUUAAAAACCUGUGGCCAUUUUCCAAAAGGGGAAAUAAUUUGACCAAAGCCAGCCAAGGAAUGGCCCACACAGACCUGAUGGAGCUUAGGAGAGAGUCAUGCACCAGGGCACAGACUGUGGUUGAGCAGAUGAGCACACUGGUUCCUUCUCUACAUGAAGGGGACCCCUUGGUUGUCAUAGCUUUUCUGUCCACAUAUAGAAGUUUUGCGACACCCCUACAGGUAUUGGACCUGCUGUUUGUGAGGUACCUAUACUUCAGCCCUCAUUCUAAAGAGGAUGAACAAGUAAAGAGCACCCUCUGUACCUUCCUGGAAACAUGGAUGGACAAGAAUCCUGAGGACUUUUGUGACCCAUCAGACCUGUUGCCUCUGAAAUACCUGAAGGGCUACUUGAGUAUGUACAUGCCCCACUGUGAUCUUAGUGUCCGUGUCAAGAAGCUCCUGACACAGUUGGAGGAAGAACAAGCCAAGGAUUCCCAGGUCAAAGAUGAGGAAGACUCAGAUCUGGGGAGACACACAUCCUCAGUACCACAGUUAAAGAAAUGGUUGGUCUGUUUCAAAACAGACUAUAUCGGUGACUGGGCUUUUGCUUUUGCAUAA